CGGCGGAGAUUGGUGAGAAAGCAGUCCAACUCCGCCUUUCCUGAGCCGCACCCGCUCCGGUCCCGCCUCCCCCUCCUAUUGGGACGCACGGUGAGGGGGCGGGUCCGUCCCCAGCACUUUGCCUUCUGGCGCUGCGGAAAUGUGCUCUGGGCCCCGCCCCACAGCUGAUCGGCCCCUUCCGGGCUGCGGAGCGUCCCCCCCCCAUACUCUCGAGAGCCAUCUCCAUGGAGCGACAGGUGCUGAUGAGCGAGCCGGACGAGGCCACGGCGCUGUACCGAGCGCUGAGCCGCCACCCCUCGCUGGUCACCGCCGGCCUGGGACCCGAGGUCACCACCCAGUACGGUGGCAAGUACCGCACGGUGCAUACAGAAUGGACCCAGCGAGACCUGGAUCGGAUGGAGAGCAUCCGGUUCUGUCGCCAGUAUCUUGUGUUCCACGAUGGUGGCUCUGUGGUGUUUUCUGGACCUGCCGGCAACAGCAUUGAAACCAAGGGGGAGCUGCUGAGCAGAGAUUCCCCCUCAGGGGCACUGAAGGCUGUGCUUCGCAGGACUGGGAAUUCAAAGGCUGGUGAAGAGAAACAGUUCCUAGAGGUUUGGGCAAAGAAUUGUAAGCUGAAGAGCAUCAACCUAACAGUGCUGGAGAAGCAUGGGAUUGUGUAUGAGGAUGAUUGUUUUGGGUGUCUGUCCUGGUCACACUCAGAGAGCCACCUUCUCUAUGUGGCUGAGAAGAAACGUCCCAAGACAGAGUCUUUCUUCCACACCAAAGCCUUGGAGUUCAGUGAUGAAGAGACAACCAAGCCAAAGAAACAGGACCAAGCAGUCAAGGGAGAUCAGUAUAUAUUUCAUGAAGACUGGGGAGAAAAUUUGGUUUCCAAAAGCAUCCCUGUCCUGUGUGUUCUGGAUAUUGAAAGUGGGAACAUCUCGGUGCUAGAAGGAGUCCCAGAGAAUGUCUCCCCUGGACAGGCGUUCUGGUCUCCUGGUGACACUGGUGUGGUGUUUGUGGGCUGGUGGCAUGAGCCUUUCCGACUAGGAAUGCGUUCUUGUACCAACCGCAGGUCGGCUCUGUUCUACGUAGACCUCACCGGUGGCAAAUGUGAGCUCCUUUCGGAUGACUCCGUGGCUGUGUGUUCCCCCCGGCUAAGUCCAGACCAAUGUCGUAUCGUCUAUUUGCGGUACACAAACCUCAGUCCCCAUCAGCAGUGCAGCCAGCUGUGCUUGUAUGACUGGUACACGAAGGUCACCUUGGUCGUGGUGGACAUUGUACCCCGACAGCUGGAAGAUCACUUUUCUGGAAUCUAUUGUAGCCUGUUGCCUUUGGGGUGUUGGUCUGCUGAUAGUCAGAGAGUCGUCUUUGAUUCUGACCAGCGGAGCCAACAGGAUAUGUUUGCAGUGAAUACCCAAACAGGCAGCGUGACUUCGCUGACAGCAGGGCUGCCUUUGGGAAGCUGGAAGCUGCUCACAAUUGACCAAGACCUCAUGCUAGUACAGUUUUCCUCUCCCAACCAACCACCAAGCUUGAAAGUGGGGUUCCUGCCUCCUUCAGGGAAGGAGAAAGAGAUCCUCUGGGUAACCCUGGAAGAGGCAGAGUCCAUCCCAGAAAUCACUUGGGCCAUCCGUGUCCUGAAACCUCCUCCUGAGCAAGAGAACCCAAAGUACCCUGGCCUUGACUUCGAAGUGAUCCUCCUUCAGCCCCACAGCACAGCUGAGAAGUCCAAGAUGCCACUUGUGGUCAUGCCUCAUGGGGGACCCCAUUUUUCCUUUGUAGCAAGCUGGAUGCUCUUCCCUGCAGUUCUCUGUAAGCUGGGCUUUGCUGUGAUGCUAGUGAACUACCGAGGUUCCACAGGCUUUGGGCAGGAUAGCAUCUAUUCCCUCCCUGGGAAUGUGGGAGACCAAGAUGUGAAGGAUGUUCAGUUUGCGGUGGAACAGGUGCUGCAGGAGGAAAAGUUUGAUAGGAGGCGAGUAGCACUCAUGGGUGGAUCCCAUGGGGGCUUCCUGUCUUGCCACCUGAUUGGUCAGUAUCCAGAUACCUACAGGGCCUGUAUAGUUAGGAAUCCUGUCAUCAAUGUGGCCUCCAUGUUCGGCUCUACUGACAUUCCUGACUGGUGCAUGGUAGAAGCAGGCUUUCUCUAUACUACUGAUUGCCUCCCUGAGCCCACCACCUGGACAGAGAUGCUGAACAAAUCGCCAAUCAAGUAUGCUUCUCAGGUGAAGACACCCCUUCUCCUCAUGCUUGGCCAAGAAGACAAGCGUGUUCCUUACAAACAGGGUGUGGAGUAUUAUCGGGCUCUUGUAGCCAGGAAGGUCCCUGUGCGGUUCUUGCUGUAUCCCAAGAGCAACCACUCGCUCUCUGAGGUGGAAGUGGAGUCUGAUAGCUUCAUGAAUACCGUCCUCUGGCUGCACACACACCUGGAAUGCUGAGGAGCCAGGAGCAGCAUCAGAGUACCUGCCCAUUUGUCCCUGAUCUCUCUCUCUUACCCCAUGCUGUGAUAACACAAUACUGACAUUUCCAUUCGCCAAGCUGUCUUAACAAGGGAUUCAUAAUAAGCUAAAGGGGAGCAUCCUGAA